UCUACCUUAGUGUUUAAAACUAAUUUCUGUGGAUUGUAAAUUGUAUCAACUAAACAGUGUGUGGGGAUAUAUUUUCUAUCAUCUUGGGAAGAUUGAGUGUUAAAUUUUUUUUCCCAUCGUCUACAAUUUCAUCCCUUAUACUACUAACGAUGUCUACAGGAAAGCAGCAUCUAACUGAUAUUUCUACAACAGGCGAGAAUACCUUCCAUUGUCGUCGAAUAUGUCCACGUAUGGGAGUAAAUCAAAGACAGUACAGAGAGGCUAAACAGAUUAAUUUACCAAAUGAUGAUAAUAUAUCAGUGAACACUUCUCAAAUCAAAUCCUCUGUCAACAAUUCAAUCAAUAAAAGUCGUAUUAAUAAUAAUAAUAGUAAUGGUAGCAACAACAGCAGUUUGCUAGAAAGAUAUCCUAUUUUACGACGUGAACGACAGUCAAGUGGAGUGGAGAAACGCCGAAGAAGUGGACAAACAUUACUCACUGGAAUGAUGAAAUCAACAAGGCGACCUAUUAAAGCUAGACAUUCUUUACAAAAUAAGGAUAUGUUUGAGGCGACACAAAUGACAAAUACCCUAAAUGCUGCAACCAACAACCAAAUCAAUUCAACUACUCAUUCACACAGCUGGAAAAUGGAGGAAUCUAAUACGAUGAAAGAAUUAAGAUUAUCAGAAGGUGUUUCAUCAAUCGAUUCAUCACCAAAUAUCUUACAAUGUCGUCAAAGAGUCGCCAUAUUUACUAAUCCUGAUGUAAGAAGACGAAUUAGUGCAGACAGUCUGUCGCUAAAUAUAUCAUCAAUUAAUCCAUAUGUGAAUUUUAAAGAUGAUACACCAACUCCUGCGAAACGACCAAAUAUUGACCAUACCUUCGAAAUGUUCAACUCAGACCUUGGAAACAGGAAUGACAGUUCAACAGAAUCUCAUCAACCUAAUCUUCUAAAUCUUCUUGGUUAUGAUGAUACCAGUUCAUCGUUAUCCUCACCGACUGUCAAGAAAACUAAUCUUACUUCAACAAAAUACACUCGAUGGAGUCUAGGUACAACAAAACGAUUUUCUCGACGAAGUAGCACUGGAAGUCUAUCAACGAUAGCAACAACAACAACAACACCAACACCAACUCCGACAACUGUACAAUCAUCAGACAGUGAAUGUCAUCAACAUGACAUGACCACUGGAAAUUCACAGUCAACUAUGCGAUUUGAAAAUUAUGAUAUAUUCAAGGGAUUAAGACGAUCAGCCCGACGUACAUUCAGUAGUUUGUGUAAUGUUCUACGGCAUUCAAAUUCAUCAUCAUCCCUGACAACAAGUGGUUCAUCAAAUUUGAAAAAUAAUCGACUAUCUGAUUCGAAUAGUCUUUCAACGAUAUCAGUGAUUGGAUUACUCGAUUCUCAGAAUGAUAAAGAGAAUGAAGGCGGGGAUGAUUACGUUGAAAAGAUUUCCUCCUUCUCCUCUAAUUCAAGACAUGUAACAGUUUCAAGACCAAAUCUCAGUGAUUCUUUUGGUUUAUUUGUCAUCAAAUCUGAACAAGGUUAUCGUGUUACACGUCUGUCAGAUCGAUUCAGUCAAGAAGAAAACUCAAUCAAUAAUCGAAUUUCUAUUGGUGAUGAAAUUGUCCAAGUCAAUGGAAUGUCAUGUACCCAGUUGGAUACUAAUCAAUUACAAGAGUUAUUUAGGAAGCAUCAAUCAUUAGAUCUUAUAAUCAUUAGUCAAUAAAAAAAAGAAGUCGUCUCCAAGACUACAGAGUUUGAUGAUUGCUUUCGAAAAAACUACUACUUCCCAUCAACUAACUGAUCGCAUUAAAAACAG